UGCCUAGUUGAACAAACAAAGCUGAAGGGUAUGGCUCCUCAUUGUCCUGGCAAGGGCUAUUUUAUAGGGUGGUUAGGAGAUCUGGAGAAGACCACUGCGAAGUUUCAACAUGGGUAAAGUUACUAGGAAACCAGAGGAACCUAGCACAGUUAUGGAACAACCACCUCCAAGCACAAAAGGGAAGAAGAAGAAGAACCUCUGUCAGCCCAGUUCCAGAGGUGAUGGCAAUCGCUAUCUUCUUCUUCCAAUCCAGUGCCCUUCUGAGAUCACCCUGUUGCCCUUCCAGGUGAAAAAGAUACAGAGGGGUAUAAAAAGACUGCUUCAUGGGAGUUCAAGAAAAAAAUCCUCUUCUACUAUUACAACAAUUUCAAGAAAGGUGAAGAUAGUAAGAAAGGCCAAGAAGUUUCAACUGUUAACACAGAGUGAAUAA